AUGGCCAACCGGGAUUACUAUGGCGAUAAUGCUCCCCAGCAAUUGGAUACAAUGAAAGACACACAACAAUCCGAUUUCGCGAACAUAUCAGAAAGCCAUACUUCCCAGAAUCCGUGGAUGGGGAAUACAGCGAACACUGAGCAAGGGCUAGUCAACCAACAGACCCAAUGGAUCGAUAACAACCAAGCAAAUUUUUUCACCGAGGGCCCUGAGGGCGAGAAAGGCCUCGGUGCAACGGUUUUAGGUGGCGCAGGCGGCGCCUUUGUCGGUCAUCAUGUUGGAAAAAAGUCCGACCAUGGGAAGUUAGGAGCAGUGGGCGGUGCGCUGGCUGGAGCUGUUGUUGCGAACCUGGCCGAGAGCUUGGUCAAGGGUAGCCGUCAUGGGCAUGGUGGCUUAGUUCGUGAUCGCCGUCGGGAGAGAUUGGAGCGGAAAUUGGAUAGACAUGGCUAG